AUGGUCAAUGGUCGAUGCGUGGAAACGGAGGCAGCGCUGCUCCACCCGACCGAGUCGCAGGAGACGUCCAUCCAGAUGCACUUGGCUCGCCAGGGACGCGCACGAGAGCAAGCCCACGAGGCGCAGCAAAAGUUGGCUGGCGUAAUGCUGGCGAAGGACUUUGGCAAAGUGACUACGGUCGAGCCGUUUGCACUGAGCACGACCAACUGGAAACCGCGACAAAGCACGAUCGAAUCGCCGACACGGGUCUGCCCUGUGGAGUGCUCCGCGGUGGACGACGAGCGGCAGUCGAAAGUUACAAGCAAAACGGGCGCCAAGUCUAAGAUGAAGAAGGGUCAUACGCCUACCGCACGAGGGUCAAGCAAGUCGCCUCGAUGCUCACACGCAACGUGUGGAGCGGCCGCCGCCACGUCGAAGGAAGAGGAGGCGUGGGAAAGUGAGCGAGCGACGUUGGUCUCAAUCAUCGAUGCUCAGCGCCGGGAGCUCGCGCUCCGAGAGCAGGCCCAGCAAGAGGCAGUGAAAGUGGCCGAGCGCUUUGCAACCGCGACGCAGGCUUUUGAGGAGCGGCUCGUUGCGGUGGAGCAGUCCGCGGCUAAAGAACUGGAGGAGGUCAAGCGCCUGCUUGCCAGUCAGGCCGCUGCCACCGAUCUCAUCCUCACGUCGCUGGGCAUCACGCGGCGACCGGGGUCUAGCAGCGGUAGCUCACGAUACGACUGA